AUGGAUCUCGAUUUUCUGAGAGUCAAAAACAUUAAGAUUGGGAUACCUUCGCCGGUAAUCAAAAACUACUUCCGAGGAAUAAAGCAAGAACGUAAAGAUGAAAUACUUCAAAAGUUAAGUCCUCUAAUGCCCGAGAAUAGGAGGGCAUUCUGGAAUAAUUUGCCUGUUAAUGAUGAUGCAGUCAACUUGAUCACUGAAUAUGACGAUAGUUAG